AUGAAUCAACCCGUUGAUGAAGAGAAAGCCCCGCAUGCCAAAGAAGAGACCGACAGCCAACCCCCGGAGACCCUAACGAGAGCCGACCAUGACCAGUACGAGGUCUCAUUUGAUGCCGAACAAGACCCAAUGUGUCCCCGGAGCAUGCUAUUAGUACGGAAGUGGGUUAUCGUGAUUAUUAUCUGCAUGGGGAGUUUAUGCGUAACAUGCACCAGCUCAAUCUACACAACAACCUACCCCCAACUAACAACCACCUUCGCCACCCCACUCCUCCUCCAAUCCUUCGGCCUCUCAACUUUCGUCCUAGGAAUUGCCUUCGGCCCCCUCCUAACAAGCCCCCUAAGCGAAUCCUACGGCCGACGACCCAUCUACCUCAUCUCUUGGUCCCUAUUCAUAAUCUGGACGAUACCCUCCGCCGUGGCCCGGAACAUCGAAACACUCAUUAUAACCCGUUUCUUUGCCGGGUUUGUCGGGGGUACGUUUUUAUCUGUGGCCGGUGGAACGGUGGGUGAUGUGUUCUCGAGGAAUGAGAUACAGACGCCUAUGGGAAUUGUGUCGUCGGCGCCGUUCGUGGGCCCUUCUUUGGGACCUGUUGUGGGCGGGUUCGUCAAUUACUUUUUACAUUGGAGGUGGACGUGGUAUGUUAUGAUUGUGUGGGCUGGGGUUAUAUGGUUUGCAAUUGUUUUCUUUGCACCGGAGACGUAUCAUCCCGUUAAGCUGCGCGCUAAGGCUGAGAUGCUGCGCAAGCAGACGGGUGAUGAUCGAUAUAGGGCACCGAUUAAAGACACCCAAUCGAGACGCGCGAUAGCACUCUCGCUCCUGCGACCUUUUCAACUCCUCUUCUUAGAGCCCAUGUGUCUCUGCUUGAACCUCUACUCUGCUGUUCUACUGGGAAUUCUAUACUUAUUCUUCAGCACUUUGCCACUUGUUUUCCGGACAAAUCAUGAUAUGAACCUGUGGCAGAGCGGUCUUACAUUCCUGGGGAUUAUAACGGGUAUGUGCGUGGCAGCUGCAAGUAACCCGAUUUGGUCACAGAUCCGGGAGCGUUUGAUAGGUAAAUAUCAAGCCGGAAGCGAGCCGGAGUAUCGACUACCGCCGGCUAUUAUGGGUGGUGUUUUUAUUCCGGUUGGGCUGUUUUGGUUUGGGUGGACAACUUAUCCUAGUGUGCAUUGGAUAGUACCGGUGAUUGGAUCUGCGGUUUUUGGGUGUGGGAUGCUGCUUGCGUUCAUGGGAAUUUUUACGUUCCUCGUUGACGCAUACCCCAAGUACGCCGCAUCAGCCCUAGCAUCUAACAGCUUCGCAAGAUGUUCUGUCGCAGCUGCAUUCCCCCUAUUCGGCAACCAACUGUACGAAAAGCUUGGGUAUCAGUGGGCGACUAGUCUUCUUGCAUUCAUCACGAUUGCCAUGAUGCCGUUUCCAUGGCUGUUCUUCAAGUACGGGAAGGUUCUUAGAGGGAGGAGUAGAUUUGCAGUCGUCACCUAG